AUGCCCGGAUGCUACGACGCGCUGACGGCCGCCGUCGUGGAGAGGUCGGGGUUCAGCGCGGGUUUCAGCGCAGGUUUCAUAUCGGGAUACGCCCUCUCCGCAUCUCUGCUCGGCAAGCCCGACAUUGGCCUCCUAACGUCCGUUCUGGUUCUGUAUUUCCUUGUUUCGGCUCGUUACACUCUUCUCCGUUUUUCUGAUUCAUGAUGUUUAAGUGAAUAAUUGUUUGGACAAAAUGGUAGCCCACCGGAGAUGGCGGAGACAGCGCGGAACGUGUGCAGUGCAGCGACGCGUAUUCCUCUCAUCGCCGGUGCUGGUACGAUCCUAUCAUCUCUUUCCUUUCCUGGUUCGAGUUUCGGUGCUUAUUUCCCGAUGCAAUGUUUGACGGAAGCCGAAACCUGGACUUUCUUGCCAAAUAAUUUUUCUUCGAGUUCCUUUUAACUUUCUGCUGUGCUGUUUGGCGGUGUAAGAAGAGAUGCACUUACCAACCCCAGGCCAUUUCUUACUUCUCAGCCUCGGUGAUCUUGAUGAUGAAUAUCAUAGGGACGUCCAUUCGAACUUUAGGGUUUAUGGUUCAGAUGAGGAUAUUGCAUGAUGUUUCCCCAUGGGGUGGUUUGCAAUAAUCGAUUAGAAGAUAGUGAAAUUUAGUCUAAGGUGCAAACAUAUUUAAAUUCUGUGUUGAAUCAGAAAAAAGUGUUAGGUUCGAAACAAAUUGAAAACAUCUUGUGCACAAGAUAAACCCUUAUUUUAUUCCAGCGUUAUUUUCCAAUUCUUCGAAGAUGGUGAGGAUUUUUUGCUCGUGUUCUUAGAUACCUUUGAUGAUCAUUACAGAAUGAAGUAUCAAGUGCGAGCUGAAAAUUCGGGAGAAUGUAGAAGUAUAGUCAAGGGAGUCCAAUGAAAAGAUAAUGGUUUUCUAUGGUUUUUUUUAUGCGCCACAUAAAUGAUCCGGUAUGCACACCACCUAUGUCACCCUACUUUCUUUGAUAAUAUAACUAUAUUCUAUCACAUGAUCUUUGUCAAACGGCAGAUGACAAUCUUAGAUACCUUUGAUGUGGAAAUAUUUAAAAAUAUGAUAAAACGACAUUAGAAUUUGAGGGUUUUCAAUUUAUUAAGAUUGAUGUGCCAGGUGCAAUAUCAGUGAAAAGACAAUAAAAGAAAUAAAAAUGAAAGUCCUGUCCAAUUGGAGAACACACAAUCUUCUCAAAAAGAACAUUUCAAGUGUAUAGAUUCAGUAAUUGAAAUAGAGGGGCAUACAGACAGUACCAAUUCACAUAAGCAAUUUUUCUUUACUGAAAAUAUAACGUAACUUCUACUAUAAUCCGUAAUCACCAAAUUAACUGUACGAAAAAUUGCUUAGAACAGAAAUAAAGCGGAUCACUUACAAAGCAGAGUAUAUUCUUGGCAAGUUGGACAAGAUUUAGUCAAAGUUUUUCAUUCCUUAUCGCGCAUAAGCUGACACCAAGCGACCAUGUAUGGCAUCCCAUCAGCAGGAUCUUUCUUUCUUCUUUACAUCCGCACUGACCGCUUUAUGUUAGAGACACUGACUGAAUUAUCUUUUUGGGCUCGCAUUGAAUCUCAAUCAAGCUCAAUGCUUAUUAAAGCCCCUGUUAACAUUUCCCAGAUACUGGCGGAGGCAAUGCUCUCAAUGUGCAGAGAACUGUCCAGGACUUGAUUGCUGCUGGCGCUGCUGGUUGCUUUCCGGAGGUACCAGCAGCGUCGAGGUUCCCUCUUUAGUCUAGUCUUGAUGCUCUUUUGGUUUUUCCCCAUGCCUUUUCCUUAGUCAGUCUUGCGCUUGUUACAGGAUCAAGCUUGGCCAAAGAAAUGCGGUUAGCAUCACCGUUCUACGUGUUUAAUCAUUUAAAUUUAUUUUCACAGUAAUAAAAAGUUCCUAACCUUUUCUUGUUUUCUCCAUUCAACAAGGGCAUAUGCGUGGCAUACAGGUACCUUUCUCUCCUAACCUUGUCAAGAUUGGAUGUGGAAAUCUUAUCAUCUAAUCUUGAAUUUAAAUUGAUAUUUGCUUCUUUUUUCUAACAAAAUUGGCAAACUGAGUCAGAAUCAUCAGCAAUGGCUAAUUUUCUUGAUGAUAUCUCUGUAUAGAUUAUGUUUGUUAUUUGACGAAAAAUUCCCUGAUUAAGGUGAUACCAGCUGAGGAACAUGCUGCUAAAAUAGCAGCUGCAAGGGAUGUCAUUGGGGACGCUGACUUUUUCCUUGUUGCCCGAACCGAUGCUCGUGCGACUUCGGCUAAGACAUGUCUCUCAGAGGCCAUUGCACGAGCCAACCUGUACAUGGAGGUAUCACAUCCAACGAAUGGAUCUUCUCCACAGAUUUAUCUGAAACAAUUACUUGAAGUCAGCUGUUUAGUUUUGCAUUUAUCCGUGGAGAUCUUCUCUUUAUAUCAUUACCGAUGAUCAUUUCAGUGGCAUCAGCCUGGUGGACCCUCAAGAUAAACAGUUUGACUAUCUAUUUUGCCGAUUCCUUCAGUUCAUAAGAUUACUGACGAUCAAUUACUAGUAUCCCGUCGGAGGAUGCGCCUUCUAUUACCCAUCGCCUAUCUGCAUCGUCUGCUUCGAAGUUCCGAUUUUCCUUUGCAUCUGUGUGCGCGCAGGCAGGAGCAGAUGCAUGCUUUGUAGAAGCACCGAGGAGCGACGAUGAGCUCUAGGAGAUCGGGCGCAGAACAAAUGGCCUCAGGGUCUGCAACAUGAUCGAAUGGGGGAUCACUCCCCUGCACACGCCGCAGGACCUGAGAACCAUGGGCUUCCACCUGAUCGUGUAUCCUCUGAGGUCCUCUACGCCGCGGCUCGCGCCAUAACUGACGUCCUGAAGACCCUCAAGGAAGAAGGCACCACCAAAGGCGAGUUCCACAAGCUCGCCACCUUCGAGGAGUUCAACAAGCUGGUCGACCUGGACUACUGGUUCCAGCUCGAAGCCCGCUUCGCCCCAUUGAAAGAUAACUCCGACGUGAGGGUGUAA